AUGGAGGAAAAGAUGGAUCCUGUGGAGUUGAUGGAGCGGGAGCUGGAAGACGUGUCUUCCCCCGUGACAAGCUACCGACACGUCAUGUUCCGCGACCUAACGCCCUGGUGGACAACACGGAUCCUUCUACCUAACCUGGACGGCACUGGAAUCAAGACCUACCUAAGCCCGCUCGCGUUACAAUUCAAUGAAGCUAGAAAUUCGUACCUCAUUGAGAAAGGGCAGGCAGGGUUGACCAAGGAAGGCAUCAUUGCAACGAUGAAGCGACGGCGGAGAGUCGGAGACGUGCCGCCUGUGUAUCCCAACGGUUUGAAUCUGGCUGUGUUUCGUGGGGAGAGCGGCAAAGCUUACAUCGUAGAUCCCUACUGCCCUCACCUGGGCGCUAACCUGGCAGUUGGGGGGAAAGUGACCGGAGAGUGUAUAGAAUGUCCGUUCCACGGCUGGGCGUUCCAAGGAGAGGACGGCAAGUGUGUUAAGAUCGCCUACACAGACAAAGUGCCAGACUCUAUCAAGGUCCCAACCUACCGGUCCUUGGAGAUCAACGAUAUGAUCCUGCUUUGGUUCCACGCUGAGGGAGAAGAGCCAUCCUGGUACCCACCAGAGAUUGAGAAAAUCAAGAGUGGGGAAGUGAAGUUUAACGGUAUCUUUGAGGCUUACGUGAACUGCCAUAUCCAG